UAUUUGCGGUUAUCGUUGAACCGAUUAUAUGUAUCAGUUAACAAGCAUUCAUGUGAUUGGUGUCAUUUUGAGCAUAUAAAUGAACGGUCGUCAAACUUUUCAUUUAUAACGUAUCCAUUUAAAGCUUCAUCGAAGGUAGAUAGAAACUAAUAUAAAAUUAUAUUAACACAAUGAAAGUUACCGCACUUAUUGUCGUAUGUUGUUCUCUGGGAGCCAAUGCAUGGAGUUUUUGGAGAAGCCCCUGGGUAAAGCCGCGUGAAGGGGUGACUGAUGAAUGCCUUCAGAUGGCAGCACGUGGGGACUGCGGGUUCUAUCAGUGUCUCGAAAGGAGAUUUCAGUGUGGGAGCGAGGGCUAUGCACUCAAGAUUGGCUACCAUCUCUGUAACAAGAGUGACGAGAUACACAGUCGCUUCACAGCUCAAGGUCAACGAUACAUGGAAGGUUCUAAAGUAUGCAUCACAAAUGCCUUACUCCCAGUUUACAAACAAAAUUCAAUAAGAUGUGAUGACGUCAUGAGCGAAGGAGCCAGGGCAAUGCGCACGUGCAGUUAUGAGGAGUUCGCGGGAAUGGACGCGUGCACCUUUAUUCGAGGCAAUAUGGACGCCUACAACGAUAUGCUGGGAACAGACGAAAUUUCUAGACUUAUGAGCAUGGGUAGCCCCAGACUUUUGGCCAGAAUCUUCAUAGACGGAGCACGUUGUGGUGCCACGAUUGCUACGGAAAGGUUUCAGUCCGUCGCCGGAAGCUUAAACGAUUUUAUGGGUGGAGUCAGAGAUAGCAUUACAUCAUGGUGGUCAUAAACUUUUUUUUUCUAGAAGGAAAAUCUGAUGUUUUUUUACAAUGCUUAAUGAUGUGUAAUAUCCACUACUGAAAAAAACCCAACGGAAAACAAAAAGUUCAUUUAGUUAUUGUGUUUGUUGAAUUCGUUAUUUAGUUUUUGAAAGUGCAAUAAUAUUUUCUUGUCGGAGUUUCACUGGUUAAUCCGAUUUUUUUAAGUUUGGAUAUUGAUGGCUCCAUUUAAAAAAGUAUAUUUAUAAUAAUGUAUUAUGCGUAAUCUAUGCAAAGAAAAUUGCUCAGCAGCUUUAUAAAACAACAUACGUACAAUUUGAAGAUGUAUUGUCUAUUUAAAGGGGCCUUUUCACAGAUAUUUGCAUGAUUUGAAGUUUGUCAUUAAAUGCUUUAUAUUGAUUAUUGUAAACAUUGGAAAUGAAAAGCUCCAGUAACAAAUCGAGAAUAAAAUAAAAAAAGAAAAAAGUAACCAUCAACUUGGCUCGAACCAGUGACCCCUGGAGUCCUGGAGUAAAAGUAUGUGCCAUUUAGACCAUUCGGCCAUCCGCGCUCACGCAAUGUAGAAUGUAUUUUAUACUUUAUGUAAGUGUCACGUAAUUACACAUUGUUCCUUGAUAAUACACAGUAACAACCAAA